AUGCCUGUUCCUGAAGUCGCACACCACCAGAGAUAUGCGCCUGCCCAGCGGGGACAGAUAAACGCUGUCGCCAUACUGGCUAGAUGCUAUGUUAAGGAGCUGAAGGAGCUCAGGAUGCUGCGGGCCAUGGGCUGGAAGGAUCAGAAUAUGGACGAACACUUCGCGUCGCAGCGGCACCGCUCCGACACGGCCCCCGUUCAGGCUCAGCAAGCCUGGUUCAAGGGGAUGCUUUGCAUCUCGCGCGAGCUGGACGCUGCGGCGGGGUUCAUACCCACCUCUGAACCCCUUGAGUUCCUCGAUAUUGGGUGUGCACCGGGAGGAUUCAGCACACACAUUCUCCAGACCAACCCGGACGCGCGGGGUGUCGGCAUCUCUCUCUCCGAAUCCCAGGGCGGCCACCCGCUGCUUCUCUCGUGGGAGUACACGUCCCGCUAUGAGUACCUCGAGCAGGACUUACUCGAGUACGACCUCUCCCCGCACCCCAUCACUUCCCCGACGCCAAGCCCCGCCCUCCGUCCCCUACCCGACGCCUUCCUCGGUCGCUUCCAAAUCGUGCUCUCAGACGGACACCCCCUGCGAACCUACCAUUCCCCCCACGACGCUAUCAACACGCUUGUGGCCCCCCACGAACACAGCGGCAGCCUCCUCAUCGCUCAACUAAUCGUUGCGCUCGCGGCAGUGCAGGCGGGCGGCACCGUCCUCCUGAAGCUGAUGCACAUCGAGGGCUCCCCCGCCGCACAACUCAUCUACCUCCUGGACGCGAUCUCGGACACGCUCAUCGUGCACAAGCCGGGCACGAUGCACCGGAACCGUGCGUCGUUCUACGCCGUCGCAAAGGGCGUCGGCGGGACUGAGGAACGUGCGGCGCUCAAGGAGUGGUACAUCGCGGGUCUCCGGGCGCUCUGGCUCGAGCUUCGGACUGGAGGGCCGGCAGGGGGCGGGAGGAGGUUGGUCGACGGCGACCUGGACUUCGUCGCUACGCCGGAGGUGAUCCUCGACAUUGAUGGGUACCUUGAGAGGCUGGUCGAGCUUGGACGUCCUGUCUGGGCGACGCAGGUGCAGGGAUUGCGCGGUUUUUUCGAGAAGAAGGGCAUUCAGGGCUUCCCUGUUAUCGCUGGCAGCACGUAG